UUCAGCCUCUCUCUCUCUCUCUCUCUCUCUCUCUCUCUCAAAAAACGAAUUAUAAAAUCCCUAAACUCACUACCCCUCAAUUUGUUCCUUUCCCCCUUCGAUUUUGUAGUCGGCGACGAGGAUCGCGGUUCGCUGAUCGGAACCCAUCACCAAUUUGAUCUGAUUUGAGACUUUUUUAAUUGAAAAGGCCAGGAUGCAGAGGGGUAGAGGUGGCAGGGAUGAUUUGUUUGGAUUUGGAGAUCCAUUUGCUGGUUUUGGUGGCUUUGGCAGGCCUGGGAGUCUGAUCUCCAGCUUCUUUGGAGGAAGAGAUCCGUUUGAUGACCCUUUCUUCACUCAUCCAUUUAGGAGUAUGAUGGGUCCAAGCGUGUUUCGGCCCAACUUGUUUGGGGAGAGAGCCUUCGUAGAUAUGAAUCAUGGUGGCUUUUUAGAACAGCAAGCUCCACAGUCCAGCAAAUCUAAGGGCCCAAUAAUUAGGGAGCUUUCUGAUGAUGAGGAUAAUGUUGAAGAAGAUAGCAAUGAGGAUAAUAAGGACAAGAAAAAUCCUCGAAAACACUCUAGGUUGAGCAAGGAGCCUUUUGUUCAAGAUCCUGAUGAUGAGGAAGCUGAAGAGAAAAAGAUGAAGCACACAGAUUAUAGGACUGGUGCUAGUAGAAUGCAGCCACAGGUCCGCGCAUAUAGUUUUUCAAGUUCUUCUGUGACUUAUGGUGGUCCCAAUGGAGCAUACUAUACUGCAUCUACAACCAGGAGGACUGGUGCUGAUGGAGUAACUGUUGAAGAGAGCAAAGAAGCUGAUGCUACCACAGGCAAGGCUAGUCACAGGCUCGCCAGAGGACUUCGUGAUAAGGGUCAUGCUGUUACAAGGAAACUUAAUUCUGAUGGGAGGGUGGAGACAAUGCAGAUGUUGCAUAACUUGAAUCAAGACGAACUGCAUGGUUUUAAUGAAGCAUGGAAGGGGAGUGCCAGAAAGCAUCUGGCAGGCUGGAACCAGGGUUUUGAUAUGAUUGACAACGGUGAUAUUGGUGGUGGCAGUAGAUGGAAUGAACAUGCAGCGGCGGGUUGGGUGCUCCCGGGGACAGAACAGCCAUCAACUAACUCUGCCAGGGCCAGGCCAAAGUUCCAUUUAAAUGACACAGCAUGAUUCUGUAAAAGAUGAGUACAAUCACUUCCACAAGCACUAUAUCUUGUGGGUAACAACUUUAACUCCCAUCCCAUAAUCGAUGGGUAGCCACUUCUCCAUUCCCAUCCCCAUUACCUGUAAUUUAGUUUAGUGGCUACUGCAACUAGUGAGGAACGCCCAAGCAGUGUUGACCUUGCAGCAGUGAUGGUGAUGAGCCGACUAUGGUGUCUGGACUGUACACAGGCAGAGCGGGAUACACUGUGACUGUGUCCGUGAUAGUGAAGGGAAAGAGGGAAAAGUGAAAGGGUUUUGGGAAAGAGGGAAAAGUGAAAGUGAAAACAUUGAAAAGGAGUUUGGUUUUUUGUUACUCAAAUUUGGAACAUCUCUCUGACUCAUAAUAUGAUAUGUUUGUUUUAAUGAAAUAUAUAUAUA